UCGAUUGUUUACGUUUCCGUCGUUACACCUUAAAAACUCAAUCUUUAUUUUCCAGACCUAAAAUUCAUGGUACCUAUCCAUCCAAUAUAAAUAUAUCGUUACACUUGUUCACUAUUCACCCACUCUCUCUCCCACAUUCUCUCAGUUUCUAACCAUAUUUUCAAUGGGAUUCACAAAAAAUAUGAAACUAUAUUUAGUGUUUUCUAUCUUGAUCCUCAUUGCAAUCCCAACUCUAGUAGUUGCAGAAUGCACAUGUGAUGAAGAAGAUGAAGAUAGGAACAAAUCCAAAGCACUACGUUACAAAAUUGCAGCUUUAGUAUCAAUACUAGUUGCAAGUACAAUUGGUGUUUGUAUUCCACUUCUUGGAAAAGUGAUACCUGCAUUAAGUCCCGAAAAAGAUAUAUUUUUUAUAAUAAAAGCAUUUGCUGCUGGUGUUAUAUUGUCCACUGGUUUCAUUCAUGUUCUUCCUGAUGCUUUUGAGAAUCUUACUUCUCCUUGUUUAAAGGAACAUCCUUGGGGUGAUUUCCCUUUCACUGGUUUUGUAGCUAUGUGCACUGCUAUGGGGACUCUUAUGGUUGAUACUUAUGCAACUGCUUAUUUUCAAAAACACCAUUCUAAGAAAACACCCACCACACAAGUUGAUUGUGAGACAAACCCUGAAGUGGAUGGACACAUAGAUCUUCAUACUCAUGUAUCACAUGGUCAUGCACAUGGCCAUGUUCCUUUCGAUAACUCCUCAGAACUUCUUCGCCAUAGGGUCAUAUCACAGGUGUUGGAGUUGGGGAUCAUUGUUCACUCUAUAAUAAUAGGAAUUUCUUUGGGUGCUUCAGAAAGUCCUAAAACCAUAAGGCCACUAGUAGCUGCAUUAACUUUUCAUCAAUUUUUUGAAGGCAUGGGACUUGGAAGUUGUAUAACUCAGGCAAAUUUCAAGAGUGUAUCAAUUACAAUAAUGGGAUUGUUUUUUGCUUUGACUACUCCAGUAGGGAUUGGAAUUGGUUUAGGAAUCAGCAGUGUUUAUGAUGAGAAUAGUCCAACUGCCCUUAUUGUUGAAGGAAUCUUCAAUGCAGCUUCAUCUGGAAUAUUAAUAUAUAUGGCACUUGUUGAUCUUCUUGCAGCUGAUUUUAUGAAUCCAAGGAUGCAAAAAAGUGGUAGACUUACAUUAGGAUGCAAUGUAUCUCUUCUACUAGGAGCUGGUUGUAUGUCACUAAUAGCCAAAUGGGCUUAGGUGUUUGUAUAUUUUUUAGUUUAGUUUUUCAUUUCAUUACAAAUUAUUUUUUAAUGUCGUUGAUAUUGUGAUUCCCAAAUAUGCCUAUAACGAAAAGCCAAUUGUUUGCUAGUACAUGUUUAUCAAUUUUGGAAAAUUAUGAGUGCAUAUUUUCAAAUGAGUUUGAUUUGUGUUA